GCCCAUUGGAAGGCUGCUUUUCCGGCAGUUCUGCGAAACCAGACGUGGGCUGGAGCGGUAUAUUCAGUUCCUGGACUCAGUGGCAGAAUAUGAAGUUACUCCAGAUGAAAAGCUGGGAGAGAAAGGGAAGGAGAUUAUGACCAAGUACCUCACCCCGAAGUCCCCAGUGUUCAUCACCCAGGUUGACCGGGACCUGGUCUCCCAGACGGAGGAGAAGCUGCUGCAGCGGCCCUGCAAAGAGCUCUUUUCUGCCUGUGCACAGUCUGUCCACGACUACCUGCGAGGAGAGCCCUUCCAUGAGUACCUGGAGAGCAUGUACUUCGACCGGUUUCUCCAGUGGAAGUGGCUGGAGAGGCAACCGGUAACCAAAAACACUUUCAGGCAGUACCGAGUACUCGGAAAAGGGGGAUUUGGGGAGGUGUGCGCCUGCCAGGUUCGGGCCACAGGCAAAAUGUAUGCCUGCAAGCGCUUGGAGAAGAAGAGGAUCAAGAAGAGGAAAGGCGAGUCCAUGGCGCUCAACGAGAAGCAGAUCCUCGAGAAGGUCAACCUGGCCUACGCCUACGAGACCAAGGACGCGCUGUGCUUGGUGCUGACCAUCAUGAACGGGGGCGACCUGAAGUUCCACAUCUACAACAUGGGCAACCCUGGCUUCGAGGAGGAGCGAGCCUUGUUCUACGCAGCCGAGAUCCUGUGUGGCCUGGAGGACCUGCACCGUGAGCACACGGUCUACAGAGACUUGAAACCUGAAAACAUCCUCUUGGAUGACUACGGGCACAUUAGGCUCUCGGACCUGGGCCUCGCCGUGAAGAUCCCCGAGGGAGAUCUGAUCCGCGGCCGGGUGGGCACCGUCGGCUACAUGGCUCCGGAGGUCCUGAACAACCAGAGGUACGGCCUGAGCCCUGACUACUGGGGUCUGGGCUGCCUCAUCUACGAGAUGAUCGAGGGCCAGUCGCCGUUCCGCGGCCGCAAAGAGAAGGUGAAGCGGGAGGAGGUGGACCGCCGGGUCCUGGAGACGGAGGAGGUCUACUCCCACAAGUUCUCCGAGGAGGCCAAGUCCAUCUGCAAAAUGCUGCUCACCAAAGACGCCAAGCAGAGGCUGGGCUGCCAGGAGGAGGGGGCCGCGGAGGUCAAGAGACACCCCUUCUUCAGGAACAUGAACUUCAAGCGCUUGGAGGCCGGGAUGUUGGACCCUCCCUUCGUUCCAGACCCGCGGGCCGUGUACUGCAAGGACGUGCUGGACAUAGAGCAGUUCUCCACCGUCAAGGGCGUAAACCUGGACCACACCGACGACGACUUCUACUCCAAGUUCUCCACGGGCUCCGUGUCCAUCCCGUGGCAAAGCGAGAUGAUAGAAACAGAGUGCUUCAAGGAGCUGAAUGUGUUCGGACCCAACGGUACCCUCUCGCCGGACCUGAACAGAAGCCACCCGCCGGAACCCCCAAAGAAAGGGCUGCUGCAGAGAAUCUUCAAGCGUCAGCAUCAGAACAAUUCCAAGAGUUCGCCCAAUUCCAAGACCAAUUUUAACCACCACAUAAAUUCAAACCACGUCAAUUCGAACUCCACCGGAAGCAGCUAGUUUCAGCCCUGGCCUGGAGGUCCACGCAGGAGCAGCCCAGACCCGUCCCCCGGGCAGCGGAAGGUGACGGGGCGCAGCAGGCGGACGCGCGCCCUGGGGGCCAGGGAAGGCGGCGGCCCCCCUCGACAUCGGGCCUCGGGGUGUCUCAAAGAGAUUUCCACUCAGGUCAGUUUUCAGAGGCGGCCGUCAGGCCAGGUGGACCGGAUUUGUCUCUGUGGAACAUUGCAAUAGAAAUCCAUUCGGAUACGACAACUUGCACGUAUUUUAAUAGCGUCAUGAUUAGAACUGAAUUUUGUCUUUAUUAUUUUUAAAGAAAAGUUUUGUAAAUUUCUCUAUUGUCUCAGUUUACAUUUUGUAUAUUUGUAUUUAAAUGAAAGUCAGACUUUGAGGGUGUAUAUUUUCUGUGCAGCCACUGUCAAGCCAUGUGUUCUAAGACAUCGGGUGGGGAGCAAGCCAGGGGGACUCACGCAGGAAAAAUAAUGUGACUCAAGCCUUCCAGAGCCUCAAAUGAGAAAACGUUUUUAUUAAAUGUAGACAAUGAUUCACAUGCCACCGUGAAGGACUGGCCGCGUCCAUCCUGUGAGCACCUGCCAUCCAGACCGCCGUCCUGUGGGCUGGUGGCCACGGGCACCCAACGUGGACUUCACCCCCAGCCAGGGCGCCCCGCGGGGCCUCGGUGUGGAAGGGGGUGCCCCCCCUCUGUGCGUGCGCACACGGGCCACCCCGCUCCGGAAGCCGCCCGUGCAGGUGCCGGGUGCCGGCACAGGGCUCCAGGCUCCCCGCUCUCAGCAGGGCUCACUGCGAAAGCCGGUCUGUUUUGAGACUUUGGGGGGGGGAGUUUUUGUUUGAUCCUGUCUUAGAGACAAGUACAGCGAGAUAGCAGGUCGUCACGGAACCCCAAGUGUCCCAAACCCCAGCAGCCCGUAGAAGCAUCAGGAAAAAGUCCCGGGGGAAGUCCAGGAUGAGUGUGCACGAGGGCAGGGUGGCUGCCCAGAGAACUUCGCGAGGCCCCACAGGAGCCCUGGGCCUGGUGGCGCAGAUGGGGGUGGCUCACUCAGCAACUGGGAGGCCCCGGGAGAGGCUGUCCCCCUCCCAAGAAGCUCAAGACAGACUCACUGACACUUCCCAGGAGAGCUGACCAAGACGAGCUCGCACUGGGCGUCUCAAAAUUCAGGCACCAGUAGCCCCUGCACCUGGCGGCUACCUCGGGCCAGGGCUGCUGAAGGCCACCACGGCCACCCCCUCCCAGGGAGCCCCGACUGCCCCCGCUGCCUCCACAAGGGGACCAGCAGCAGUUGGCCCCUCUGUCCCCUCGGGACAGGGUGAGCCCCUGACCUUUCCGCCCCCCUACCCGGCUGGGUCCCCGGUAGCCAGGUGAGCCCAAGUCUCAGACACCCUAGGGUGGGCCCAUACCACCCGCUUCACCUGUUAACAUGCAGACUCCCAGGCGCCACCCCAGACCUGCAGAACGGGAGUAUCUGGGAGCAGGGUGCUGGAAUCUGCAUCCUUAGAAACUUGGGGGCCAGAGUGUGAGAGCCACUCCCGGGCGGGCUCUGGGUGUGACGGCCCGAAGGCAUUUCUGCAGGUGACCCUGGAGCCAGUGAUGUGGCCACCUUGCCGACGGGUGCUGGGCGCGUGGCUCCCCGAGCUGCAGGGCCCGCCGUGUUGAGGUCCUCCUACGACAGAUGGGCGAGAAGACAGCGGGCUCCGGGCUUCCCUUGGUGCACAGUAUUCUUUUCUGUCGACCAGCUCUUGUUUCGCCUAAACACAAGACAAAUAAAUAUCCCUGGCUACGUGCCAAGGAGGCUGAAAGCUCUUUGAGCCGCAGUCUCAGGCCCUCUAGCUCUUGCUGAACCUCCGUUCUGUUACGGCAGUUUCCCAGGGAAACCAGAGGGCGCUCAGAGGGGUGGAGAGAGAGGUUUACUUGUCACCCCGGCGGGCUCGGUGGGAUCAGUCCCAAAGGGCUGAGCCCCGAAUUCCAGGAAGGGUGAGGUUUUACGCAGCUUGUGUGAGGAACCUUGGCACCCCAUCAUCCCAGCAUGAGCGCCUUUAUCGUUUGGGAAGGGGUCAGGGGAGCCACAGCUACUGCUGUGGACAAGCAGCCGCCGAGGGAACUUUCUGCCCCAGCAUAAAGCAGAAGCCAAGCCACGGACUCCAGCAAGCAGCCGGCCUGGGAAGAGGCAGCAUCCACGCAGACUUGGGAGACUUCUGCUUCGUUUCUUACAAAAGGGGUGGCCGUCUUCCUGAGAGGUCACAGCCCCCACCCACCCCGCCUGCCCGAAGUUUCGUCCAUUUUGCCCACGACACAGCAGCCUCGCUGACUGGUCGGAACUGAGGAGCUGGUGUUCCAGCGCCACCCGUCCGUGUGGGCUAGAGGCUCUGCAGGGAGCCAGCGGGCAAGCUCAGCCCUGCUCGGUGCCCUGUCACGAAGGGGGCUGGGCCCCAGGGGUCCCGGGACGGGUGGGCGUCACGGCCUUCCCGGCCCUGCUCCUACUGGCCCAGGCUGGUACGAGGGGCUCGUGGCACCGCGCCGACACCAGCCGGCCCCGUUGCGGCCUCGGCACCGGCCCGGACCUGCGCCCCCGUCCUCCAGCCUGUUUUCUGCAACGACACUUUUUUAAAGACUUUUUCAUAUUAAAAGCAAAGGCCACCUCCUCCCACACCGCCUGUGUGCUUGAGGGCGGUGGACGAUUGGAACCUUCUCUGCUGCCUUGAGCUCCCCAGCGCCCUUGCUGGCCUCUCCCCGGCUGCCUGCUGGCCCCCGCUGAGGUGAGGCGCGGCUCCUUCUGGAGAUGAGCUGGUGCCCGGCGGGGUGGGGCGGACUCUGCCAUGGUCAGCGCAGCCAGCGAGGGUUGCUGGAGCCGAGGGGCCCACCGCAACCAUCCUCUCCGGGAGCCCCGGCCCGCUUCAUGGAGG